AUGGCGACCCCCAUGCUCGACCAGUUUCUCGCUGGUGUAGCAGACCUAGUCUCCAAGCGACAAGGUGAUAAUCUCCAAGACUAUCUCCAAGUCGUACCGGAACAGAUGCGAGAUGGAUACCGACACAUGGCUGUGGAAUUACAAAAGUCUUAUCCCAAAGGACCUGGCGACGAUGCCUUGUUAAAACGAUGCGAAGCAUUGGUCCCAAAAAGUGCGGACGGAACAACAUGGCCUGCUUUUCCUCUUUUCAUUCGAUCUUACCUCGCCUAUCUCAGAGAUGGCAAGGUCUCGAAUUUGUUGGAAGCUUACAAGGCUCUUAGCGGACUUCUGAACCAAUGUCUGCAGGCUCUCGGAGAUACGCAAAUGGGCGCCAUCGUCCUUCGCACCGUCGUGUACUUGUCCCAAAUCGUCGCUGGUCUCGCAAUGACACUUGAGAAAAACCCGCAGUUGCUGGCACAACUACGACUAGAUCGACCGCAAGAUGCUUUUGAACGGACAAGUCUGGUAGAAGACGCUGCGAAUGUUGUGCGAGAAGGAUUCAUCAAGUGUUUAUCUGAUCGUGGCGGCGCGGCUGGCCCAAAGGGAAAACCAGAGGGCAAGCGUGCUGGAAUAUAUUUGAUGGCCAACCAUUGUCUGAAAUUACUUCACAAAUGUGGAAAACUUAGAAGCGCCGACACAAUCUUCAAAAGCAUCUCUGCACAGUCACCUCCACUCGAGUAUUAUCCCGCAGCCCAUCGAGUCACCUAUCUUUACUAUCUUGGCCGAUACCUAUUUGCAAACAACAGUUUUUACCUCGCUCGAAACGCGCUGCAAGAAGCUUACAACCAAUGUCAUGUGCAAUGUCUUAAGCAGAAACGGCUCAUUCUCACAUACCUAAUAUCAUGCAACAUCAUAAUGGGACGGUUUCCCUCCCUUCAGCUCCUACAAAAACCCGAAGCGCAAGGCCUUUAUGAUAUCUUCUAUCCAGUGUGCAUGAUUAUUCGAUCAGGUGACUAUUUGGCAUUCAGGAAACACUUUGAUAUUGGCAGCCCGACAGCGCAGUGGUUUCUACAAAAAGAACUGCUUUAUCAGAUGCGAAAUCGUUGUGAACUCCUCGUAUGGCGGUCCUUGAUUCGGAAAGUGUUUAUUCUUGGUGGGUUUCAUGGAGAUCCCUCAGCAACACGCGGCCCUCCACCAAUCCUACAUCUGAGCAAAGUCGAAACCGCGGUGCGAUUGUUGCAGAAUCGUCAUGGAGUAAACUCUUCUUUAGACGCAUCAACAUCUAAACCCUCAGGGAUAAGGGUCAUUACAAUCCGCUUGUCCGAUGAUAGUGAUUUCGAUGGCAUCGCCGGCCUUGUGUUACCCACAUCUGACCCCGAAGUCCACGACUAUUUGUUCAGUAAAGGGUAUUAUGACGAGAACGGGGAAUUAAUCCAGAAUAUCAGUGGACAACUUGUUCCAGGACCUGAAUAUGAACAAUAUAUCGACUCAUUAGAUGAUCUAUAUCCAGAAAUCCAUGGAAGCUAUACCGACACUGAGCAUGCACCGAAACUUUUACAGGAAAUCGAAUCGAUCGUGGCAUCUUUGAUCAAACAAAACCUGCUUGGUGGUUACCUGACGCACAAUCCAGCACGAUUUGUCAUCCCCGGAGCAAAACAUGUAGGCGCUCUGGCGAAGGGAUUUCCCAACAUUUGGCAAACAAUCAGCAGCCAGCAGCACAAUUACGGCGAGGAUGUGCCAGCUUGGAUUGUUGCAAAACAUCCGUUCCCCACUCAGGCAGCGUUCUCUGCAGUUGCUUCUUCUGCUGGUGGCCGUGUUGUCAAUUUGAAGGGUGCCAAAGCGGUUGGUUCGUAA